UAUUGUUUUUCGUUAAACCGAAAGAUGACGCUGCAUAUAACGGAUAAAAUGUUUCAAUCAAAGUGAGAGUCAGAGUUUAUUCGAACGGUGAACAUGUUUAUAUGAGGAUAAAAGUGUUAUUCCGAGUCAACAUUCAGUUGAGAUGUGAAUAUUACAAGAAUUUCCAUCUCUUUCUUUUCUCUUCCUCUUCUUCCUUUUUUAUUUUACCUCUUUCUCUUUCUGUCUUUGUACACAUCUAUUUCAUUACAUUUUAUAUCACUCAAAUGUUGCCUCAAAAUGUUAACAUUAAAACAAUGUUUUACCAGUUAUCUUAUAAUCGGACAAACUUUAACUUCCAGCUCAACUUUAACCAAUAGCCAAUCAUUUUAAUUUCCAGUUAAUGUGUCAAAAAUGAUCAUCAAGCCAACAUUAUGCCAAAAUUAAGUUGACAACAACAUCAAUAAUUAUAAAUGUCCACUUUUGUGUUCCUAAAGUGAAGGACUGGAAGAAACAGAAAAGCCAACGAAAAAUUUUUUGUGCGUUGCUUACAUUUGUUUCAGUGUUUUAUUAAUGUGUGAUAUCAACAAUUUUCAACUGCUAAACUAUCGUCUUAAUAGCACACGGAUUAUGUUAAUAUAAUUGAUACACAAUUGUAAAUCAAAGGUUAAAGUGAUGUUAUCUUCCAUAGUUAAAGUGCUUGCCUUUCACUACAUUUUAAUGUUAACUUACUCUCUUUUGUCUCAAGCUUAUGGUCAAGCACCAUUGUUACUAAAGCGACCGUCCAAUGUGACUGUAUCACCGGACUCAAUGGUAUCCUUACGAUGUGCUGCCAAAGGCAAUCCUUUACCUCAAAUAAUGUGGACUACUCAUGGCUAUCCAGUCUCUGAUUCAGCUCGGCUUCGGAUCGGUGAUUAUGUUUCCUCAGAAGGUUCAGUCAUCUCAUUCAUCAAUAUAUCUCGUGUAAGCGUUGAAGAGGGUGGCCGCUACGAGUGUACCGCAAUCAAUGACUUAGGAUCAGAAUCGGCUCAAUCCUGGAUUAACGUUAUCGGUCCACCAUUUAUUAAAUUAAUGAGAAAUUUAACUGUUGUUGCUAGUCGCCCAAUUUACAUUAAUUGUCCAUACUCAGUCUAUCGUUUAUCAACAUUAUCCUGGUUCAAAGGUGAUCGUCAGCUUCCUAUUAAUCGACGUCAAACAGUCUAUCCUAAUGGUACAUUAGUUGUCCACAAUGUUUUCAGGCAAGAAGACGAAGGUGAAUAUAAGUGCCUAGUUGAAGAUAAAGAUGGUCGAUCAGCUGAAAGACGAGUUUCAGUUCGUGUUCUUGUUGCACCAACGAUAAUGCCUUUCAGUUUUGGUGGCAACCUACAGGAGGGAAUGAGAGCCUCAGUGACAUGUACGAUAACAACCGGUGAUGUGCCGAUUGACAUUCAAUGGUUUAAAAAUGGUCAACCUUUGACGUUAACGAAUGACAUUCAUUUGGAGAAGGUCGACGAUUUUAUAUCAACAUUGAUUUUCAAGCCACUUAAACAAGACCACACUGGGAUAUAUUCAUGUGUAGCAUCAAAUGAAGCUUCAUCCAACAACCACACAAUUCAUCUUUCAGUCGACUCUCCACCACAAUGGAAACUUGAACCUGAUGAUAAAUCUGUUAUUGAGGGUCAAAGUUUGGUCAUUGAUUGUCAAGCUAUUGGUAAACCUGAGCCUCGAGUUUUAUGGAAAAAAUCGACUGACCAAUGGUCAAUCAAUAAUUACAAGACAAUUAUAAGUGGAAGUAGAGUUCAAACUUUGGUUAAUGGAUCACUUUAUUUUAUUGAAAUUACUCCUGAAGAUUCGGGCAGUUACAUGUGUGAAGCAUCAAACGGAAUUGGAACACCUUUAAGUGCAGUUGUCAAAGUAAAUGUUCACAUUCCUGCUCGGUUUACUGAACGCUUCCAAUCAAUCAAAGCUCAAAAAGGUGAGAGCAUUGAGCUUGGCUGUGUUUCUCAUGGUGAAAUGGCCAUUAAAAUUGUUUGGAGUAAAGACGGUAAAAAUGUUAGUCCGUUGAUGAUGCAGAGUAUUUUCGAGGAAAACAAUGCUCUUUCCAAUGAAUACAUUUCCAAAUUUUUGAUCCGUUCAAGUUCGAGAUCAGAUUCAGGUCUUUACACUUGCACAGCAUCCAAUUUGUAUGGAAGUGAUGAACGAAAAAUCGAGCUUAUAAUCCAAGAUGAACCCGAUGCUCCAAAUGGACUGAAAACAAGCAAAGUAAACAGUCGAAGCUUCCAAAUCCAAUGGAAUGAACCUUUCAAUGGAAACAAUCAGAUUAAAAAGUACAUCAUCAAUUAUAAACCCGAAAAUGGUAUUUGGGAAACCAAUGGAAAGGAGAUUAUCAUAGAGCCAACUCGAAGUGAGGCAAUGAUUCGUGGUUUAUCACCUAAAACAAGUUAUCAUAUAAGAGUGAGAGCCGAAAAUGAUUAUGGUAAAAGUGGUUGGAGUGAAAUUGUUCCGGUUACAACUGAUGAAGAAGUUCCAGAUAAUCCUCCAAGUCACCUUCAAGUAUCAGCCACAGGAUCAACAAGCAUUCGUGUCUCAUGGCAGGCUCCUGUAUCCAAACAUCGGAGUAACACUGUUACUGGUUAUUAUAUUGGUUACAAGAAGGUUGACGAUAAACGAAGUGGUUCGUUUAUAUUUAAAACGGUCAAGGCUGAUCCAAGUAAGCAACAUUUUACCGAAGAGUUGAGUGGACUUGAAAAGCUGACCAAAUACACGAUUGUGGUUCAAGCUUACAACAAUAAAGGUGCUGGACCUUUGUCGGAAGAGUUGUAUGUAAGUACAACCGAGUACGAUAAGCCGAGUUCACCCAACUUGAAAAUACUAUCAAUUGGAUCACACAACAUUGAGCUUGCUUGGGAUCCACCGAGUGAUGACAAUCCAAUAUUUGGCUAUUUCGUUCGCUACAAGAAGCAAGAUGAACACACUUGGCAUGAAAAUCAAGUUGCUGGUGAGGUUACAUCUAAUACUCUCAUUGGCCUUGAUUGUGGUUCACCUUAUCAUCUCUCCUUGUUGGCCUACAAUUCAAUGGGACGAGGGAAAAGCUCAGACAUUGUGUCUGUCAAGACUCAAGGGUCCAUUCCUAGAGCACCUGAAAAAGAGUCUCUUUUAACGUCCAACUCUAGUUUUCUGAUUGUCCACCUCUCUGCCUGGAUGGACUCGGAUUGUUUGAUAGACUAUUUUUCAGUUCAAUAUAAGAAGGAUAAAAGUGAAUUAUGGACCAAGUUGGAAGAAGGUUCACUCAUGUCGGAUAAAAAUUUGUACAUUAAAGGAUUGGAACCAGCCUGUUGGUACAAUAUUUGGAUAUCGGCUCGCAAUGGUGCCGGAACCACUGAAGCCGAAUACAAAAUUGCAACUCUAACGGAAAAUGGAGAGUAUCUCCAUCAACAAGGAGAUUCCUCAAAUGCUCAAAUAAUAUCGUUAAUAGUGCCUGUUAUAUCUUCAUUUGCCAUCCUAUUUGCUCUCAUCAUAACAACUUUUGCACUCGUCUAUUGUCACAACAAAUCACGAUCAUCUUCAAUUCAAUAUGGAACCUCAUCUUGUGGUGAAAGCCAACCUAAAGCUGAAUGCCUUGCCUUGGAUGACAUCUCAAUGGGUAAACCCAAUUACAUGGAUAGUUAUUCACGAUCCGAUGGACCUGAUCCAGAGGCUAUUUACUUAGCCUCACCUUAUGCCUCUUCACGCCUUGGGACACCCAUGGUUGACUCGAGUGACCAACUGAGAGAAUGCAAUCGUCCAAGCUUGAAUAAACAUUUAUUACCUCGUAAUUCACUUCAGUCAAGCAACACUUAUGAUGUUCCCCAGCAACGAAACCAUCCAGCUAAAAGCACAGACGAACUGAGAGUUUCUUUUCUUGAAUGCAUCAAACAACAAGAUGAACAAAACAAUGCUAAACGUCGAGCGCAAAGUCAAGCAAAUUUACUAUGGAACUCACAUGGUUAUUCUUAUGGUCACAUUUUAUAUCCAACAAACUCUAGUCCUUUGAAUCAAAAUUAUGGUUUUCGUACACAAAGUGAGCUUCUUCAGGCUUCACUAUUGAAGUAACAGGGAUUGUUAAUGGUUCAACCUUGAUAUUGUUUGGAAACGAUUCAAAGGCAACUCAGAGUAAACUUCAGCCGACGAGUUGGUUUCAAGCUGAAAAUAAACUGAUUUAUCGUUUUGAAUCGAAGCCAAAGAGUUGUGAAGGAAACGAGAAAAAAGCAGCCAAUCAACCAUUUGCUUUCCACUCUGUCUUGGUGAAUGAAAAAUCAUCAUUUCUGAGGCUAACACAAACACAAACAACAAUACUAAUAACAAGCUAAUAAAAAGCAACUGUGAUAAAUAUAAUGUAUAUCUGUAUAAAUAUAUCAUGUUGUGAUAACUUUCACUCCCUUUCCUUUUUUCGCCCUCCGCUCUUUAUUCAGAAUUUCAAAUUCUUCUUUUCGUCAACAAGAAUAAAUUUUUCUUUUCCUUUCACUUUA